CCAUCCAGAUGCUUGGCCCGGCGGCCCAGCCCCACUGAACAUGAACCACUAUGCCAAUAAGAAGAGCGCAGCUGAGAGCAUGCUGGAUGUGGCUCUCCUGAUGGCCAAUGCCUCCCAGCUAAAGGCCGUCCUGGAGCAGGGGCCGAACUUUUCCUUUUACACCCCCAUCAUCACCCUCAUCAGCAUCUCCCUCUGUCUGCAGGUCACAGUCGGGGUCCUCCUUAUCUUCAUAGUUCGAUGGAACCUGAAUGAUGAGCAGAAGCACCAGAGGCUGAACGCUAUGGAAAACUUAGCCACGGGCCUGGUUUUUAUCAUUGUGGUCGUCAACAUCUUCAUCACGGCUUUUGGAGUCCAUCGGCCGAACCGCAGCGACUGACCAAGAACACACACAGAGGAGACAGAGAUGGGAAAGUGUUGCUCGGUGCUGCAGAUCUCCCGAGAUCAGACACCUGAGCCUUCCUCCAGAGCUGCACUUUAUAUACCACCUUAUUAGAUGUGGCCAUGUUCCUACUGAUUCAUUGUUAUAAGCUUUCAAAGGGCUACAAGUGAGUAUGAAAUGCAUCCACCCUGCACACAAGUCUUUUUGAGCAGUCAAGUAAGCAGCAUUUAAUGUAGCAUUUAAUUAAAGUGACUUUAUUCAUUCAAUCAAUUAGAUAGCCAUUAUUAAUUAAUGAGGGCCGUCUGUUGCUCCCGAUUGUCAUUGUUAUUACAUUUUCCAUCAUCCCUGUGCCUCACUUUGGUGCACUGAAUGAGGAAGCAGCGCCCUCUAGUGAAUUUACUGAUGCAGUUCAAUCACGGAGAUAAAUGUUUUAUCAUUAUUUCCAUUUCAUGUUGACAGUACAAGCAAACAACUUAGUCUAGUUGCUA